CAGAGAGCAACGAGCAAGCACAUAUCAACAGCGAGGCCGAUAUGGAAGCGGCCAAGACCCCUCAGGUGUAUACUUCGUCUGGUUACGAGCUCCCCGAGUCGUCGACGGCCAUCAACCGCGACCGACCGACCGGCAACGAGACUGAGAAUCCAUUCACCUCCGGAGUAAGCACACCACAAGCAGAGACCACUGAUCCGUACGACGACUUUCCCGAUGGCGGCACCCGCUCCUGGCUCGUCGUGCUGGGCUCCUUUUUCCUGCUCAUGGCCUCCUACGGCCUGAUGAACUCCGUCGGCGUGCUACAAUCCUACCUCGAAACCCACCAGCUAGAAGGCUACUCGAGCCGCGACGUCGGCUGGAUCUCGGGCAUCUUCGUCUGGACGUCCCUCGGGCUCGGUGUCUUCGUCGGCCCUCUCUUCGACGCCUACGGCCCCAAGGAGCUCGUCACCGCUGGGACGGGGAUCUACUCCCUCAGUGUCCUUCUCAUGGCCGAGUGCACGCUGUACUGGCACUUUGUCCUGUGCUUCGGGUUUCUAGCCGGGAUUGGUGCUGCGCUUAUCAGUAACGUCGGCAUGUCCUGCGUUCCACAUUGGUUCCAGGCCAAGGCAGGAAUGGCGAUUGGGACGGCCAUGGCCGGGUCGGGUCUGGGGGGUGUCAUCUUCCCAUAUAUCCUGCGCGGCACGUUUGGCAGUGUCGGCUAUAAAUGGGGUAUGCGCAUCACUGCGCUUGUUGUGCUUGUUAUGUGUGGUAUCGCAUCGUUUCUUGUCAAGUCGAGGCUGCCGAGGAAUGGGCGGUUAAAGGCCGCGUUUGAUAUUCGCUGUUUCAAAGAUGCGAGGUUUACUUGGAUGGCGCUGGCUACUUUCUGCCUCGAACUCGUCGUCUUCGCCCUCAUCGGCCUCCUUCCCACCUACGUCCUCGGCCAGGGUUUCAGCGCAGCCUCCAGCGUCAAUCUCCUCGUCGUUCUAAACGUAACAAACUGCAUCGGCCGCCUCAUCGCCGGCCGCGUCGCAGACGCCUACGGCCGCCUCAACGUCCUCAUCCUGCUCAUCGCCAUGGCCGUAAUCCUAAUCUUCACAAUCCUCUACCCCUUCAGCCACUCCCUAAUCGCCCUGUACAUCUUCAGCGCGCUCUACGGAAUCACAUCCGGCUCCUUCAUCUGCCUCGCCCCCGUCUGCGUGCGCCAGAUCUCCCCUGCGAAGGAAAUCGGGAUGCGCUUCGGGACAUUCUACUGUCUCGUUUCCUUUGCGACGCUGAUCUGUAUACCGAUUGGUGGCGAGAUGCUCGAGAAGGUCGGCGCGCGCAUGGUGGUUGUCUGGUUGGGCGGUGUGCUCGUUGUGGCGAUGGGGAUGUUUCUGGCCGCGAGGUGGGCGUGUCUGGGGUAUCGAUGGGAUUGGGGGAGUAAGAUCUGAGAUUCGGCUGGGCUGGAUCGGAGGAGGGGAGCUUGCUGUCGUUGUCGAGAGCUUGGAAGUGGAUUGUGGAGUUUGGAUGGUAGAUAGCGCUUGGGCUGAGGUCAGGACGGUGAUCCGUGGUCCAUCGCGCCUACCUCGACUUGUCAGGCCGUUUGGUAUUUGAGGACGGAGCGACCAACGCGGCGAAUAAACGCACCUGCCCUACUCGAAAGCCAUUAAUCAAUUUCAGGAGGAACGGGCCUCAGCAGAAGAAGGCAGCAGGGACCCAGGACACCCUCCCCCACCGCCCAAGUGCCUGCGAGCAUGUUCAACUUUUGGAUGGGUAGGCAGAAGGCAGGAUUUGAACGGGAAAAGUGAUACAUUCAUUGUCUAUUUAGCGUGCGUGUCUGGUGAGCGUCUGUGGUUAUGCUGUAUACUCGUUCGCCGUCCAUCAAGCUACCUUUCGCUGUUGAAAUUGUCGUCGAUCAAUAAACUAUCCAAAGUAUACCAAAACCAACGCGCGAGAUAUUCAUAUUGAAAUGUUUUUGAUUCUUUUUUGUUCUUUUCGGAUUUUUUCUUUUCUGCUACCGUAUGAUACAUCCCAGAGAUCAUCGCAGAUCAAUCAAUACAUGAAAAAAA